AUGGCGUUGCCAUCAUCGUCCUCCUCAGCCAGCGGAAAGUUUGAUCCUUCCGCGUAUGCAGCCCUUCGUAAGGAGCAGUUCGCUAGGGCGAAGGAGCUUCGGGAAGCGCGCUCUGGAAUGAUGGGCGACAACAAUCCGCGUAUCACGUUCGGCCCGUCCAUGGCGUCCCAGACGUCGCCCGGUCUCACGCGGUCUCUGUCGUCUAGCGACCUCUCCCGUCGUCGCCACAGCGACGUGCCCAGACACCAGUCGCCUCAGCCGAAGCAACGCACACCACACUACGCACUGCCGCUCAACCACGGCUCGUCCUUCUCUCAUCGCAACUCUCUCGGUGGCACGUCCGGCCCUCUCAACGACAUUGCCGCCAGUUCUGUUUCCGCUUCCGGUCCGAUGAAAUCGCAGAAAGGGGCCUUCACGGGUCCUUACCGGAACGGGCAUGCGGAGGGGUCUUCCGGGGGAGCAGGCGCAAAGCGCAAGCCGCACGUGCGCAAGGACGCUCGCGCUGGCCCGGUAAACGGGGUGAAAUCUAUUUCCGCGCUGAACGACGCUUCCAAGUUUACCGAAGAAGAGCUCGCCGCAUUCAGCGCCGCAGGUGCCGCUGCCGAGUCGCUUCUCGCGGAGGAGAACGGAAUAACUGUUGCGUCGGAAGCGCAGGUAUCAGUUCCGACUGAAGAAGUGGUGAAGGAGGUGACGCUGGAAGCUCCGGAAACGAUGGUCUCUUCUGCUGCGGCGGCGGCGACGGCGGCUGGGAAGAUCCCAGAAGGAACAGCGCGGCCGGAGGCUGACUGCGACGCAGAGCAGAGCAAGGCGACAGGAGGGGAUGGCGAGCAGCGUAGGAGAGAGAGCAAGGGCAGCAAGGGCCUGUUCUCCCGGUCGUUCCGAGCAUCUUUGCGCCUCCUACGGCGAGCACUCCCGAGCAACGGAUUGGGCACCGGUGCGGGGGAGAACGAGGGCGGAGAAUUGACUGGCGCGGAGGCAGGGAAGAAGACCGGCGAGCAGCGACGCUUGGAGCUGGAUGAUGUGAACGGGAACGAGGGUGGACGAGGAAAUAAGAAUGGCGGCAGCGGCAGUGAGGCGAAAGGGUCGCAGGGUGCAUGGAUGGAAGUGUUGCGUGCACCCAACAGCAGCAGCAACAGCACCGCGGGCCAUGGUGGUGCUGGGUCGAGGAAGGACAAGGAGAAUGUGCAUCGGCUGGCGCCGAACCAGCUCUCUCCGCUCUCCUCGGCUGCCUCUCCUUCUUCCCUAGCCUCAUACUAUCGUUUGCCGCUAUGGUUACCGACACCUGAUGCGCACGGCUUCCGGGUUCGGCGCACUCGUGCCCUGCUGAACCCGUCGCUCUCCUCCUACCGUCAUCGGCUCUCCGAUUCUUCCCCUCUCUUCCUGUCUCCCCCUCCACCCCUCUCACUCCCCACACCUCUCCCCUCUCUCACCCUCACCCUCUCUCCCACUCACGCCCUCUCUCUCACUCACGCCCUCUCUCCCACUCACGCCGUCUCUCCCACUCACGCCCUCUCUCCCACUAACGCCCUCUCUCCCACUCACGCCGUCUCUCCCACUCACGCCGUCUCUCCCACUCACGCCGUCUCUCUCACUCACGCCCUCUCUCCCACUCACGCCGUCUCUCCCACUCACGCCGUCUCUCCCACUCACGCCGUCUCUCCCACUCACGCCGUCUCUCCCACUCACGCCGUCUCUCCCACUCACGCCGUCUCUCCCACUCACGCCGUCUCUCCCACUCACGCCGUCUCUCCCACUCCCUCUCUCCCACUAACGCCCUCUCUCCCACUCACGCCGUCUCUCCCACUCACGCCGUCUCUCCCACUCACGCCAUGCGAGGUGGUGACGUCGUCAGCGGGGCGAGUGGAGGUCGUAUGCGUCGCACUGCUGCGCCCGCUCGCGCAGCACAUCGAAGCGGUGGAGCGCGAAAUCGCCGCGGGCGCGCACGUGGUGAUUAUGGACCCCCGCCAGUGCGCGCCGUACCACCGCCUGUUCCGCGCGCCGUUCGUGAGUAACGAGGACGCCGCCGCCGCCGCCGCCGCCAUCGCGUGGUUCUCCAAGGGCACUCUGCAACGAGUGCUACGCUUCAUAAACUCGCCCGCGCUACUGGAGCAAGCCGUGGCCAUCACACAGGAGAUCACGAGCCUCACCAAGUCCCUGCAGCGCAGCACGGAAGUCGACCUUCACGACGCUGCCUGCAUGCUUUCUGACAAAGCGCAGCUUCCAGGAGACCCCCCCAGUGGCCGCAGCAGCCGCCCCAGCUCCCCCUGCCGCGCCUCCCCGCAGCCCGUGCGCGCGCCACGGUCGUCGUCGCGCUCCUCGUCUCCCAUCCGAGAUCAGAUGCGGGCACUGGGGGAGCUCGAGACGGCAGAGACCAACGCCGAGCUAGUCGAGCGUCUCCGCCGGGGCGUGGAGGCGCGGCGCGGCAUGCUGAAGCGCGAGCGCGAGGUGGCAGUGGCGCGGUCGCAGGCAGCGGGCUUCACGGCGGACCACCUGCCGUCGCUGCUCGCCUUCGCCGACUGCUUCGGCAUGCCGCGCUUCCGGUCCGCCUGCGUCUGUCUCUUCUCGCUGCUGCGUUUCCACCAAGAGAACGUCUCCCCGCGACCCAUGGCGCACGUCACGCCGACGCUGCCGGGAGACGUCGUCAUGCACACCCAGCGCCCCGCGUCCCCCGUCCCCGGCGGAAGCUCCUCCGCGCACGGGGGGUGGGCGCUAGCCACGCUCCGGUCCUUGUCGCCGCUACCUUCCUCUGCCUCUGGCGGUUCGCCUUCUGCGUGCGCGUCCUUCGGCACAUCUUCCGCCGCGUCUCCCGGCGCGUACUCGUACGCCGCGCAUCGCUCCCUGAUUGGUCGCGAUGACGUGGACUCGCUCGACGGGUUCUCGCUGCAGCACUCUGAUUCGCUCUCGUCGACGGCGUGCAUGCUCGGUGCGCUUGCGCCCAACAGCCCCUGCUACGGCGGCUACCCCGUUUCCGCCUCAUCCGCCGCCACUGCGGCGGCGGCGGCAGCUGUGGCGGCUGCGGCCGCUGCCGCAGCGACGGGUGGUCCCCAGUCCCCCCGCUCCGCUAUGUACGCGCAGAUAUUGGCGGGAGUGCGGCAGCAGCUGGCGGCGCAGGGAGCGCAAGGCGGUGGCGCGGCAGGCGGGGGAGGCGGGCUGGGCGGCGGGAUGCCGCCGAUGGGGGGAAUGUCGGUGCACGAUGUAGCUGCCGCCGCUGUCGCUGCUGCCACUUUAGCUAACCAGCAGCACCAGCAGCAACAGCAGCAGCAGCAGCAGCAGCAGCAGCAGCAGCAGCAGCAGCAAGCAGUGGCGGCGGCGGCGGCAGCGGCAGUGGCGGCAGCAGCAGCAGGAGGCGGCGAUCUUCAGGCAAUUCUCUCAAAGAUCAUUCUGGCUUCGUCGGGCACGUCCCCGUCGCCGCCGCACGCGCUGCCACUGCUGCAGCAGCAGGCGCUACCGCAGCAGCCGCAGGCGCAGCAACAGGCGCAGGCGCAUCAGCUGUACUCCACGGGUCAACACGAGAUCGCGCACGUCCCCGCAACAGCAGUACACCCAACCGCCGCCGCCGCAGCCGCUACUGCUACACGUGCUGCUGCUGCGCCUGCUCCUGCUCCUGGUCUUGGCAGUGCUGCUAAAGGCAGCGCAUCUGGCGCGGAUACGACCGGCGCGAAAUCGGACGGCGUGGGAAGCGCGCUUAAGACAGGUAAUACUAGCGGCGAGAACGCUAAUUCCACAAACUGCGUCGCUAAAAGCGGCGGCAAUGGCGACGGCGGCACCAGCGGGAGCGGGGGUAGCCGGUGGAGGCAGCCGGCUCGGCGCGCUGCGCGCGGGCGAACUGAAGGGCGCACGCUGGUUGGCGGCGCACGGAUCGGCGGCAAUGUGGCAGGCGGUGGCGGAAUGGCGGGGCAGGGGGAAGCAGCCGGGGCAGCAGGCGGAAACGGCGACGGGCAAGUGGCCGAGGUAAAAGGGAGUGGUGGCACUAACGGCAACGGCGGCGGCGGGGGGGUCGGGGGUGUGAACGUGGCUGUAGGUGAUUGCGGAGCGAGCGGUGGCGCGUUUUGGCCUUCGGGCGCAUCGGACGAUUCGGACUCGGGAAGCUUCUACGGCCCUGCUGCUGCGGAAUUGGAGACUGCCGCGCGCGCAGCUGCGGCGGCGGAUGGUGGGGGAGGCGGAGCGGAAGGGGGAGGGGGAGGGGGAACAUUUGCGGGAGCUGUAUCAGGGACAGAGGUGGCGGAAGAGAAGGGACUGUUGUCUGAUCACAGCGCGGGAGGCUUGUCGCACAGCUCGCACAAAUCGCACGGAUCGCAGAGCUCGAGCGGGGACCUGCGGAGCUUCGCAGGUGGCGUGUUUCUCGGGUCGUCGUCGUCGUCCGCGCGCGAGGACUGCAGCGCAAAAAUCGGCGGCAGCAGCGGCGGCAGCAGCGGCAGCAGCAGCGGGCCCAGUCGCAACAACAGCAGCGGCGGAAGCGGCGGGGAGAGCAGCAGCGGCGGAGAUUCCUCCGCGGAGUCGGAAGCCGCCGCGGCGCUGCCCGUGUCUGUGGCGCGGAGGUGGCGCCGAGCGGGCGGAAGGUCGUCCCCCGGCGGAUAUCGGAAGAGUCUUGGGGGGAGUUCUGGCGGAGCUUUUAGGGAGGAAAGCGGAGAGAUGGAGCAGAUGAGUCUGGAUGGCGGUGGAGUUGGGGAAACCGUGUUGCGCAAAUCUCCUCUCCCUUCUCCGCCUCGCUCUCCGCGCGCGGUAACAAUUACGCCAGCGCUUUCGCUGCCGUUCGACUCGACGGAUAGUGCCGGAAACUUUGGCGGAAAAGGCGCGGGCGCGGGGGAUCAGACCCCAAGGGGGCGAAGCGUUUCCCCAAUGGCUUCCCCUUCCGCCGCGCGUGAAUGGGCCGCGUGGACGAACGAUUGGUCGGGAACGAGCAGCAUUAACUCGCGAAACAAUUCGCGAAGCCCAUCGCCCAUUCCCGAGUCUGCAGGUUCGGACGGGUCACCCAGGUUUGGAAGCGCGCGAACCUGGGGGUUUGGUGGUGCGGGUUCGGCGGUGGGGGGAAGGAAGAUUCAACCCACAGAUGCUACAGUGCGGAGUUUUGCGGAGUGGAUUGACGUGAAAAAGGGUAUGGGGGUGGAGAAGGGAGAGGAGGGAGAGGGGGGAAUGCACGAGGGAGAGAAGGGAACAGAGAUUAUGGUUGGGAAUGGCGAGCAAAGCAGCAAGGGAGGUGGGCGGGAAAAAGAGGAGUGGAGGAAGCAGGGAUGGGAUGGGAUGGAGGAGAGAGGAAGUGGAGAGAGGAAGAGUGGUGGUGGGCGUGGGAGGGAGGAGGGGAGGAGCAGCGGUGGAAGCGGCAGCAACAGCGGUGUGGAAGGGGGCAAGGGAGGGGAGGAGGAUGCGACUAAGAGGCUUGUGUGCAAGUCCUCACCCUCCCGUCCCUCCUCACUCCCCUCCAGUCCCCGAGCUCCUCCUUUCCUCCUCUCCCCAUCUGCUGGAACAGGAACAGGCGCAGCGGCAGCAGCUGCUGCAGUGAUAGCUCGUACGGUGAUGACCCCCCCAGCUGUGGCAGUAGAGCGAGUGGCGUCUACUGCUGUGCUCUCCCUGGGCACUGUGGAGAUGCCACGCAGAUACGCCUCCCCCAGUAGAAACCCCUCUCCUUCGAAACGAGCAGCAGGAGCAGGAGCAGGAGCAGGAGCAGAAGCAGCACUACCGGGCCUUGUGCGGUCCCUGUCCAAUGCAUCUACCAGCUCUAGCUCUAACAAGAAGCCUCUUGUUCCAGACCCAGCACAAGUCGCAGCAGUGGCUGCGAUUGCUGUGGCCAAGGCACAGGCCGCUUCAGCAGCGGCAGCUGCGGCAGCAGCACCAACCACACAAGCGGCUGUUUCUUCCUCUGCCUACUCCUACGUCCCUGCCUCUGCCACUGCUUCUGCCUCCGCCUCUCCCUUGCCCUCUCGCCUGCCCAUCCGCCCCUCCCCUCCUUCGUCCCCCCGCUCCUUCCUGCUCCCUCCCUCUCUGCCCUCCACCCUUCGUCUAGAAAGCCUCUCGUCCUCGUCCCCUUCCUCUGCUGCUGCUGCCAACGGUAAGUUCCCUCUCUCCCCCUCCCCAACAUCUCCUGCUGCUACUGCUGCACACACCAAGGGAACUGCAGCUGCUGGUGCUGCCGCUGCUGGUGGUGCUGGUCUGGCCCCGAUUGGAACUGGUGUUGGUACUGGUUCCGUGCUUUCUAUGGCAACAGAUAGCCCCGUCCCUGCAUCCUCUCCAGUGACUGCCUACCUUAUGAGAAAGCUUGGUGCAUCGGCUGCUGCUGCUGCCACUGCGGCUGCCGCCGCUACUGCUGGUGCCGCAGCAUCCCCUGCAGCGCCCCCUGUGACUGCCGUUUCUGGUGGUGGUGGUGGUGGUGGUGGUGGAGAAGGGGGGGGAAAGCAGCAGAAGCAGGGGGAGCAGAGCGCCACUGCUGCCGCUACUGCCAGUGCUCCUUCUUUUGCUCAUGCCAGCAGCAGUACCACUAAUCAUGGGAGCAGCAGCAGCAGCAGUGGUAGUGGUAUGGUGUGCAGCAGCAGUGGAAGAUCAGCAAAGUUCACGUCCCUCCCCACGCUGAUUGAGGCAGACAGCUUUAAGGAAGGGCUUACUGCCUCUGACGUCCCUAGUGCCGCAGCUGCUGGUACUGCUGCUACUGCUGCUACUUCUGCUGCUGUAAGGAAGGGAGACAAGACGUCUCAGGUGGUGGCUGAGGAAGGGAGUGGGGGCAAGGCAGGGGGGCGGAAGGGCAGUGGAAAGAGCCGGCGUGUGCGGAGCAAGCAAGAUGUGAAAGAAGGGACUGAUGCUUUUCAGGCCUCCUCCCUUGUUUCCGGGAAUGGUGCCCUUGUGAUGUUCCCAACCUCUCCGACCACUGGUGCCGGUGCUGCCUUUGCUCCCUUUCCUGCCUCUCCUUCGGCUUCCUCGGCUGGAGGUUUGGAUUCCGAGGCUGCGGCCGCUUCACCGAGCCUGUGCUCACCAGCAGCAGGGAAGGCAGGCGGGAAGGCAGCAGGUGCAGGCGUGGGGAAGAAAAAGGUGCCUGGUCUGAGCAGCAGUGUGUAUGCUGGAAAGAAAGUCUCACGCACGGCUGCUGCUGCUGCUGCUGCAGUUUCUGAUGGCUUUGAGGGGGAGGCUGUUUCUGGUGCAGGCUGCAGCUCCCAUGCAGAUCAGGUGGUGGAUCAGGGGCCUCAGGGGGCCUAUGGGCCUCAGGGACCACUGUCAGCAGCAAUGGUACUGACAAAUGGAGAAGUGAUUGCUGACGUCGCUAGCGAGCAUAUUUACCAGAAGAAUGAGCAGCAGCAUCAGCAGACGGUGGUGAUGGGCCUGGGGAAGGAGCAGGAAACGCAGCAGCAGCAGCAGGAACAGCAGCAGCAGCAGCAGCAGCAGCAGCAGCAGCAGCAGCAGCAGCAGCAGCAGCAGCAGCAGCAGCAGCAGCAGCAGCAGCAGCAGCAGCAGGAGCAGGAGCGAGUGGUGGAGGAGCAGGUGGAAGAAGGGGGGCAGAAGAAGGGCGGGGGGCACAGGAGGCACGGAAGCAGGUCGCGUGGGCUGUCUCCCCUGAGAGGUAGCUCUGUGGCUUCCAUGUCUCCUAGUGCAGGUGUGGGGGCAGGUCUUGACGUGCCGGGUGGCGCUCCUUCUCCCAAGUCCCCUGCUGCCUAUGCUGCUGCUACUGCCACUGCACCUGCCGCCGCUGCUGCAGCUGCCACAGCUGCAGCAGCAGCCGCUGCUGCUGCCUACCGUGCAUCACCUGCCGUCCCCUCCUUCAGUGCGGCGCACCAGGGGAUGACAGUGGCAGCGCCAGCGCCACAGCCACAGCCACAGCCACAGCCACAGCCACAGCCACAGCCACGAUAUACGGUGUCAGAGCCUAUCAAAGGAGGAGUAGGUGCAGUGUGUGCUGGUGGGCGUGACGAGGAUGGGGAGGAUUAUGAGAGCGACGCGGAGAAUGAAGCGGUUAGUAGACGUAUGAUGAUGGUGGUGCCGCGGGGUACCAUGGAGCUAGGCCUAGCAGCACCAGGGCCAGCAGCAGGGCUAGCAGCAGCAGCAGCAGCAGUGGCGCCACCUCACAAUGCUGCUCUUUCUGUGGUUAGGCCCCCGUCGCCCCAGCUCACUCUGCUCUCCCAGCCACCUGGCUACCUGCGCUCUCCAGCUCCCAAGACAGGCACUCCUCUUGUUGACCUGCCUCCUGUUAUUGUCACAGACAUUUCAGCUACACACGGUGUGCUGCCUCCCCCCUCCCCCUGCACUCCCACUUCUGGGAGCUUUGGAGGUAAGAAGCCGGAAUUUGGGGGGGCAAGGGUUGCACCAAUGACUCAUUUCCGGGAUGUGUUAUCAGCACAGCAGGUUGGUGAAAAUGAGGGGAAUGUUAAUGCUGGUCAUGGUUAUGGCCAUGGUUAUGGUGUGACAGUGCCUGUGUCACCAACACCAGCACCUGUGCCAAUGGCUUCAUGGAAGUCUAAGGCUGUGGCGUCAUCGCCUGCUACACCGUCGCCGCAUGGGAAGGUUUCAUCGACCAAGUCUGGGCAAUCCACGCCUGAAAGUGGCCGCAAGCAGCGCCUUUCAGCGCUGCGCAAGAUGUUUGGCCUGCAGGGAGCGAUGGAGGAGCCGAGUCUGGACGAGCUGGAGUGGAUGGCGCAGCAGGCCAUGGCGGGCGACGAUGGCGGCGAGGACGCCGACGACUGGCCGUUCGAGGAGCCCCCGGACGACGACUGGCGCGGCCAGACGGCCGGCGGACGCGGCACGGCAGCACCUCCACCGCCACACACAUUCGCCCCCCCACCCCCCGCUGGCGUGCAAGGCAUGGCAGGCGGAGAAAGAGGGAAGGACAGGUUGCUGGUAAGGCGACAGAGGCAGUGCGUGGGGGAGUGGCAGGAGGUGCAGCAGGAGAAGAAGCCGAGGGUCGAGAGGGCGUGGGGGGAAGAGGAGGAGGAGGAGGAGGAGGAGGCGGAGGAGGAGGAGGAGGAGGAGGAGGAGGAGGAGGAGGAGGAGGAGGAGGAGGAGGAGGAGGAGGAGGAGGAGGAGGAGGAGGAGGAGGAGGAGGAGGAGGAGGCGAUGGUAACCAGCCCAUUUGACCGAGCAGACCGAGCAGACCGAGCAGAUAGAGCGGACAGAGUUGAUAGAUCCGGCAGGGAUGGCAGGGACGGGCGAGUGCUGUCUGUGAGCAUAGAGACUCUGAUGGAGCACGCAGAGCAGGAGCAGCUGCAACGCGCCUUCCGCUUGUCCCACCUCAUGGCCUCCUCCCCCUCCAUGGCUACACCCUCUGCUGCACCCUCUGCUUCUUCUCAACCACUCGCUAAAGCAGCACCGUCGGCAGCAGCGGCAGCAACCCCAGCAGCAGCAGCAGCAGCAGCAGCACCGGCAGCAGGGGCGUCUCUGUGGGUGGAUAAAUACUCUCCGCGUAGCUUCACAGACCUGCUCAGUCCCGAGCCCACCAACCGUGCUGUUCUCUCCUGGCUCAAGCAGUGGGACCGUUGCGUCUUUGGCGCUGCUGCUGCCUCCUCCCGCGCCCGCACUCAUCCGGAUACCAUCGCUGCUCUGCGCCGCCUCCCCCCGCCCGCUGCUGCUGCGGGGACUGGAGGGAUGGGCGGAGGGUUUGCUGGGGGGCGCGGGGGAAGGAGGUGUGGGGGAGUUGGGAGUGGCGAGGGGGGAGGUUGGGGAGUAGGGGGAGGGGGAGGGGGAAGGGGGCGUGGAGGGUGGGGAGGAGGGGGAGGAGGAGGGGGAGGGGGGCGUGGAGGGUGGGGAGGGCGAGGUGGUGGGGGUGGCGGUGGCGGUGGCGGUGGGACUUGGGGUGGGGAUAGGUUUGGAGAGAGAGGGGGUGGUGGCGGGGAGGGUGGAGGGAGAUGGCGAGGGAGGGGUGGUGCGGGAGGAGGGGGAGGGCGCAGUGGGAUGGUUGGUGGCAGAGGGUGGCGGGAUGAGAAGGAAGGCAUGGGUGGGGGUGGCAUGAGUAAUGGCGUGGGAGCAGGCAUGGGAGGGGAGAGUCUGCUGGGAAAGAGGGUUCGGGCAGAGACAGCAGGAGAUAGACCAGAGGCGAGGAUCCUGCUGCUGUGCGGAGCUCCCGGGUUGGGCAAGACGACACUGGCGCACGUCGCAGCGCGGCACUGCGGGUACCGAGUGGUAGAGGUCAACGCCAGUGACGACCGCGUCGCCUCCUCCCUGCGCCAGCGCAUUGUAGACGCCGUGGAAAUGCGCUCCGUGAUAGACGAGAUUGAUGGGGCCUUCGCAGGAGCUGAGGGGAGAGGCGCUGUGGAUGCUCUCGUGGAACUGAAACAAGUUAAGGGGAGAGGCGGCGCUGUGGAUGCACUUGUUGAACUGGUGCGUUCUGCUGCUGCCUCCCGCUGUCUCUCGCUUUCCUUUGCUGUGUUCCUACUGCUCUCGUUUCCCUCUUACCACGGCAAACUCCCUGCCUUCUGUGUGAACCUGCUGAGGCACAUAUGUGAGGCGGAGGGGUUUGAGGCGGAUGUGCGGGGGCUCACUGCCCUGGCUGCACAGACAGACGGGGACAUCAGGGCGUGUCUUAACACCCUGCAGUUCCUACACCGAGCGAACAAGGCACUGCGAGCGUCGGAGGUGGCAGAGCAGGUGGUGGGGCGCAAGGACGCCACCAAGGGGCUCAUGGACGUGUGGAACGAGUCUAACCCCCUUAUCAUUCUCCUUCUAACCCCCCUUCAAUCUCCUAUUGAUCCUCUUCCUCAAUUUCUAGUCCUUUCCACCUUCCCCUUUCAGUCGACUCAAAAGUCUUCCGCUCACUUACCUGUCGUUCUGCCUCACUGCCUCUCCUUCCUGUGCGCUGCAGUGGCGGCACAUCGGACAGACACGCUUCUGGAUGGCAUUCACGACAACCUGCUUGGCGGCACAUCAGACACUCUUCUGGAUGGCAUUCACGACAACCUAUUGCACGCUGCUCUCUCCGAUGUCUCUCUGCGCAAGACUUCAUCCUCGCUGCACUGGCUGGUGUGUGCCGACCAGUGGCACCACAGGGCCAUGGCGUCUCAGCAGUUCGCCUUGCUGGCGUUUGAGACAUGUGCCAUGUACGCCAUCCGAGCCACCAUGGGUGCGGCAGACAGACACCCCCUCGAAUGGCCCAAGGCCCAUGCCAGGUACCGCUCACAGCAUGCAGUGCGCAAGGAGACAGUGGAGGCAUGGCGGGGUGCCAUGCUACCGGCCAUAGCACGCACCUCUCCCCUGCGCUCCCUAGUGCCGGACCUCGUCUCGCCUCUGCUUUCUGUCAUCUCAGCCACCCCCAUUCGCCCUGUGGCGGGGCAGUUGCUGACCCCAUGGGAGAAGGCUGCUCUCGCACAGCUCGUGGCCACCAUGCUCGACUACGGCCUCUCCUACCGCCACGCUCACCAGCUUCCCUGGCACCGCCGUGCCUUUUCUGGCGGUGCUGCUGGUGCUGCUUCUGGAGGGGAGGGGGGGGUUGGUGGUGGUGAUGGGUACAUGGGCGGGCCUGUUCUGGAUCCUCCGCUCACAGAGUUUGUUGUGUUUGAGAGACUUCGACCUCCACCAUAUGUCAUGUCAAUAUCUGCAGCAGUGCGCCAGCUCAUUGGCCGAGAGAUUGAGCUUGAGCGCAUCCGGCGGGACUCGGUGCGAGUGAAAUCAGCAUCCACUCCCAAUGCGGCAGCAGCUCCUCAGCUUCCUCCAACCGUUCCUCGUCCUCCUGCUCCUGCUGCGAAUCCUCCUCCUACUACUCCAGCUGAGUCUCAUCAGCAACCGCAAGCUGCUGCGCCGCCGCAAGCUGCCAAUGGUAUCCCACAGAGCAGCAAGGGGAAAGGUACCCAGACUGGUGAUGGUAAGGCCAAGGAGAAUGGGAUCAUUACAGAAAGUAAAGUUGUGAAGCCACAGGAUGCUUCAGGCAGUGCUCAGCAAGAAAGUGACACCAAACCGGCAAAAGUAAAGGAGAUGCCACGACGACCCUUUCGGGGUUUCACCAGGAAAGUGGAACAAGACGGUGGGCUUAAAACUGCUCGUCAACGGAGUGGAGAUGAGGGGUCAGGCAUAAAGAGUGCUGACAACAAAACUGCUGCUGAAAAGGCUAUUCGCAUCUCAUUCAAGUAUCAUGAGGGAUUUACCAAUGCCGUUCGACGACCGGUGCUUUUUUCUGAGCUCCUGUAA